GCAGCAGGGCGGGAGCGGGCUCCCUGUAUGCCUCCGAGUACUUCUCCCAGAGCGCGCAGAAGCUGUCCUUCUACAGCUGGUACGGGAACGCCAAGCUCUUCCACUUCCGUGUACCAGAAGACACCGUGCUGCUUCGCUGGCUCCUGCAGGCGUCCCGGGGGAAAGGACCCGAGUGCACCAGCAUGGAGAUCGCCGUGCACUUUCGCUACGGAGCCCCUCCUGUGAUUAAUCCGCUGGGCACUCGUUUUCCCUCAAAUGCGACCGUCCGUCCUUCCUAUAACAUAAGCAUCACUCUGAGCAGUGCUGUGCAGAACACCACCUUUGUGAACGUCACCACGCCUGCCGCCGGAGACUGGUUCAUCGCUGCCCAUCUCCCUGAGGCUGCUGGCAGGAUUGAAGUGAAGGGUUUCUCCACUCCGUGCCCCUAUAUGUUCCAGGCUGACAUGUUUGUGCUCAGGCUCACCGAUAUACCUGUUCUGGAGCCUGGUGUUGCUAUGCCGCAAACCAUCGUCGCUCCUGCGAAGCCACUGCAUCUCAAGGUCUUCGUUCCCAAGCACGCCUCAGGGAUGCGGUUUGAGCUGCGCAGCUGCGUGACAAGCGAGCGAAAAGUGUGCGCUGUGCGGGUAGUGCUGGGCUCCAUCACGCUGCCCCAGUCCUUCCAGAGGAUCGUCACCUGCAUGGGGAACGUAAACUGCAGCCUGGCCCUGGACUCGCCCCCCUGGGAGAAGUGGCUGCAGAUCACGGUGGAUGGCCCUGCCAAUGCCACCGUGUCGGUGGAGGUCCUGGCUUCCUUCACAGCUUGCAGACCAGGAAGUACCAGUUCAUUCCUUAACUUCAGCAGCCUAAACCAGAGCCAAACUGGUCCCAGACCAGGUAGCACAGGAGCCGCAGGGAGCUCCGCGCUGUCUACAGGAGAGGCUUCACGCAACAUGUCCAACCAGAGGAGCUUCUGUCUGCAGAACCAGCCCGUUGUUCGUGAGGACCUGGACGUGGUGUCUGUGCGCUACAGGCUCUUGAACGGUCCCAGCGUGCCUGUGAACUCCCUCUCCCCGACCCUCCUCCUCCUCAACCUGAACACUGGCAUGGACAGCGGGGGUUCCCUCGUGGUCACUCUCCUGCUUAACAAGACCUCCGGGGGCCUGGCCAACGCCACCGUGGCAGCGUGCGUGAGUGCCGCGUCGCCGGUGCUGUCCCUCAACGCCACGCAGAACUGCAGCACAGCUUUUUUCCAGGGCUACCCUCUGAGCGUGAGCACGUCCUCCGCAGAGGCGAUGCUGAUUGUCCUGUACCCGCAGACGGAUGACUGGUUCCUCUCCCUGCAGCUCGUCUGCCCGAAGGGCCAGGGUGAAUGUAACGCUGCAGAAGCCAAAGUGACCGUCUUCGCAUACCUCACCCCCUGCUUCAACGACUGCGGGCCGUACGGGCAGUGCAGCCUCCUGAGAAGACACAGCUACCUCUAUGCUGGCUGCAGCUGUAAGGCUGGUUGGGGCGGGUGGAGCUGCACGGACGACACCAAGGCCCAGUCUGUCGGUGUGCAGAACCUGGCCACCCUCCUGCUCACCCUGAGCAACCUCAUGUUCCUGCCAGCCAUAGCGGUUGCUGUUUAUCGCUACUACCUGGUGGAGGCCUCCGUCUACACCUACACCAUGUUCUUCUCCACGUUCUACCACGCGUGUGACCAGCCAGGCGUCGCGGUGAUGUGCAUCAUGGACUACGACACACUACAGUACUGUGACUUUUUGGGCUCUGUGGUGUCCAUCUGGGUGACGAUCCUGUGCAUGUCCCGGGUGAAGAAGAUCCUGAAAUACGUCCUUUUCGUCUUGGGGACCCUGUUAAUUGCCAUGUCCCUGCAGCUGGACCGCAGAGGGGUGUGGAACAUGAUGGGUCCCUGCCUCUUUGCCCUCAUCAUCAUGAUCACGGCAUGGGUUUACCACGGAGUGAAGCGCAGACACUGCUACCCCUCCUCGUGGAAGCGCUGGGUUUUCUACCUCCUCCCAGGGAUCACCUUGGCUUUCAUUGCCAUCUCAGUAUACGCGUUCAUGGAAACCAAUGAGAACUAUUACUACACCCACAGCAUCUGGCACGUGCUGGUGGCUUGCAGCGUUGCUUUCCUGCUUCCUCCUCGGGACAAGCAUAAGAAGCCCUGGGCCUGGUCCCAGAAGCUCACUUGUCGCUAUCAGAUCUGCCAGAACGACCGUGAGGAGCUCUAUGCUGUGACCUGAACUGCCUGGCUCCUGGUCGCGGAGGUGGAGGGCUGGGGAGGUGGCUCUUCGCCUGGGCUGCCCCGCUCUCGCACGUCAGCAAUCCUCUUAGGUGCUCAUUCACUGCCCGGGAGGGUGCAGUACGGACUGGGGUUCAAGAUGAA